AUGUUCAGAACCAAGUCCCAGAAGUCCCAGAAGUCCAAGAAGGAGCAGAAGCAGCAGAAGCAACGGACGCGCCAGUGCUCUCUGACCCCGAGACGACACCCUCGCAAGCCACGACCUGCUACUCCCCCAAAGCCUACUGUCACUGAUAUCCCGGAGCCUACUACUGCUCCUGCUGCUGCUGUUGCUCCUGCUGCUGUUACUCCUGCUGCUGAAGCUGCUGCUCCUGCUGCUCCUCCUCCUGCUCCUGCUCCUGCUGCUCCUCCUGCUUCUGCUUCUAUUUCUCCUCCGCCGAGCCCUACUCCCACUGGUCCAACCAUCUCCGAGCCACCCAUUCCCAGCAAGCCCGCUAAUCUUUCUCCCCCGGCGACUAGCACCCCCUCUGAAGCCCGCCCCGUCGGCGGCCGCCGUAACAAGUCCGAUGACGAGGCCAAUGGCGCCACUCGCGGUGGCGAGCUGGUCCAUGGCGGUGCCGGCGCUAUCUCCAAUGCUGGCCUCCAGAUGCCCGGCCAGCUGCUGAACGACCCCGAUGAAAAGGGUGCCUUGAAGAUCAAGGUCCAUCUGAACCUUGCGGCGAAGGUCCGCCUGGACCUGGAUGCUCAGAUCUACGGUGAUGUGGUCAUUGGGCUGCUGUGA